AUAAAUCUAUACAAUCGCGACAUACUUUCUUUCCGUCAAUACCAUCUCCUCAAACCGAAUAUGAAAUGGAUUUAGUUUAUGAAGAUCAAGAUUUUAUGAUUGAUGGUGAUUCUUCUCGUGAAGCUUUCUUUUACAACACAAUUGAAGGGGAGGAUGAAUGUGAAGAAACUGACGAGUCGUAUCAAUCACUCAAUUUCGAUACCACUGUAAAUGAUCCUGUUUUUGCGAGUUUCAUAAAUGAACUUUUUCAAGAUUCCUCAGAUCAUAUCAAUUUUCAAAAAUUUUAUUAUUUUAAUACUUGUUACUAUGAG